GUUAAGAGUACCUUGAACGGGUAUAUUAAAAUGUAACAGAAGGCACAUUGCAUGUAUAUGCAAGUCAAUACUUAAGGACAGAUCUCAGUAGGCUGGUAGGCUCCAAGCAACCUACUUGCUUGUGUUGAAUUUGUUUUGGUUUUAACUCAGUAACGCGCCUACUAUCGACACCGGAGCUUGUGCCCGAUCAACUCCAACUUUCACAUACAUUCCGCGUUAUAAACAACAAAAUUAUUAAUUAAAAUUGAAAAGUAUUUUUUUUAUUAUUAUUAUUAAAGACGCAAUAUUAUAAAAAGUGCUACAAUGGGUGUUGAAAACCAGUUUCCCUUCGAGAUUGUAGAUGUAGAACAAGAUCUGAAUAAAAAAUUGUUGAAAUAUUUCACUGGUGAAUACACUGGAUUCGUGCGCGUUGGCCCAAAGAAGUAUUUCUUUCCUCAGAAAUACAAACAGGAGGCUGCGAACAUCUACAACAUGCCGCUGAGACCGACUGAUGUCUUCGUCACCAGUUACCCUCGAUCAGGAACAACGUGGACUCAAGAGCUCGUCUGGAUGGUAGCAAAUGAUUUAGAUUAUGAGACAUCGAACGCUAUACCGCUCACCGAACGUUACCCCUUUUUAGAGUUUUCCAUCUGCGUUCAUCCAGAAAACGAAGUGAAAUUCAGAGAAGAGAACAGUCAUAACGAGGAGAAUCUCAAGAUCCUGGAGUUCGUUUGCCAGCCUGGAACUGACCAGCUCGCUGCUAUUCCAACUCGCCGGUUCAUCAAGUCGCAUAUGCCUCUAUCCCUCCUGCCGCCAACAUUACUCGACACUUGCAAAAUGGUGUACGUUGCGAGGGAUCCCCGAGACGUUGCUGUGUCCUUCUACCACUUGAACAGGCUAAUGAGGACUCAAGGCUAUAUCGGAGACUUUAAAACAUUCUGGAACUUCUUCAUACAGGACUUGCAUCACUGGACACCAUAUUUUGAACAUUUAAAAGAAGCCUGGGACAAAAGAGACAACCCUAACAUGCUGUUCUUUUUCUACGAAGAACUUUCCAAGGAUUUGCCAAGGGCCGUGCGUCGUGUAGCGAAGUUCUUUGGCAAGCAGUUCACGGACGAGCAGGUUGACCGGCUGUGCGACCACCUGAGCAUCGACAACUUCAAAAAUAACAAAGCUGUGAACUACGAAGUCAUGAAAAUCGUCGGUAUUCAAAUACCGGGCGAACAAUCUUUUAUCAGAAAAGGUAAAUCUGGCGGUUGGCGCGAUUACUUCGACGAGGAGAUGACACAACAAGCGGAGCAAUGGAUAGCGGACAACCUGCGAGACACGGACCUGAGGUUCCCUCACUUGGAAAUUUAGAUGAUCGAUCGAUAUAUUAAUUCAGAAAGAAAAGAAUUAAAAGUGUGAUAAACAUUUAUUUCAGUAAUAUACUAUUUUCCAGUUUUCUUUGUAACACCAUAUUUUAAGUAUACAUGGAUCUUGAUUUAAUAAAAAGCUACAAAUACUGCGAUAGCAAUUAGCAAAUAAAAGUUAUUUAUUCCAA